AUGAAGGGGUUGGGAGAUAACAGAAGCCGUCAUCUCUCUGAUAACCUGGACUCUCCUCAAGACUCUCUUUAUGCCACCCAGGACAGGAACCCUUAUCUCCUCAGCCCCACAGACUCCUACACAAUGGACCCUCGUUUCCCUGCUCCAAACUCCCUUCACGGUGAUUGCCUCCUUCCACUCAACAAUCAGAUUUCCAAUAGCAGCACAUUUCCACGGAUCCAUUACAACUCCCACUUUGAGGUGCCAGAUGAGAAUCCCUUCCCAAGCCAUGCCCAGGCCACCAAGAUCAACAGGCUCCCUGCCAACCUGCUAGAUCAGUUUGAGAAACAACUGCCAAUCCACAGAGAUGGCUUUAGCACUCUCCAGUUCCAGCGAAGCUCUGACUCCAAACACCGGAGUGAGAGCCCUGGGAGGAUCCGGCAUUUGGUUCACUCAGUUCAAAAGCUUUUCGCCAAGUCACAAUCCCUGGAGGGUGCCUCCAAAGGCAGCAUGAAUGGCAAGAAAGGUGCUGAGGACUCAAAGCAGAACCGCAGGAGCAAGAGUAAGGACCGGGCAAAAACCACUGAGACUAAACGUAGGACCAGAUCCAACAUAUCAGGCUGGUGGAGCUCGGAUGACAAUCUGGACAGUGACACUUGCAACUAUCGCAACCCUAUGGGCCUCAUGACCCUUGGCAGGCAGCCUGAUCACAGCCAGCCUAGGUACUUCAUGCAUGCUUACAACACAAUCAGCGAGCACAUGCUGAAAUCCUCCAAGAGCAAUAAUGACCUCAAGGUCAACCCCUGCACCAAUAUCCCCAUCAGCAGCGAGUCCAACUACAUCAAAAGAGGCUCCUGGUCCACACUCACACUUAGCCAUGCCCGGGAAAUGUGCCAAAAGGCUUCUGCUACCAUCGAUAGAGCUCUGCUGAAAUCCAAGUCCUGCCAUCAAGAUUUAGCUUAUCAGUAUUUGCAGGUGCCUCAGGGAGACUGGAACAACACAUUGACUAGGGACAAAGACAAUGAAAUCCCAUGUCGGCGCAUGCGAAGUGGGAGUUAUAUCAAAGCCAUUGGGGAUGAUGACAGUGAAGACUCAGAAACCAGCCCCAAGCCAUCCCCGAAAACUGCAGCUCGGAGACAGAGUUACCUCAAGGCUACUCAGCAAUCUCUGGGUGAACAGAGCACCACUCACAGGAGUCUGGACCGCCUUGAUUCUGUCGAAAUCCUUCUGCCUCCAAAAUUCCCAAGCUGGGAGGAAGAAUAUAACCAGAUCACAGACAACCUGAAUGAGUCCAGUUGCAUCAAUGAGAUAUUUGGACAACCCUCAUUUACUCCACAGAUAUUUACACAAGAAGAGCAGGCAAGAGAAGAAGAGCUGAAUGACCAGUAUGAAGGGAUGUGUGAAUCAGCCUACAGUGAAGCAGAAUCAGCAGCUGUGGAAGUCCUGGAUCUGCCUCUUCCCAGCUAUUUUCGCUCCCGGAGCCACAGCUACCUCCGAGCCAUCCAAGCUGGCUGCUCCCAAGAUGAGGACACAGUCUCUGUUCGGUCUCUCUCUCCACCCCCAGCCAGCAGCAUCAGUGGAAGUCGGACACUUCCCAGCAACAGUAGUUCAGCAUGCCUAGUGGGCUAUAAAAAAACACCCCCACCAGUCCCACCUCGGACCACCUCGAAGCCAUUCAUCUCUGUCACAGUGCAGAGCAGCACUGAAUCGGCACAGGACAGCUACCUGGACAACCAGGACCACAAGAGUGAAGUCAACAGUCAGUCGGGACUCAGCAAUUCCUCUGAUAGCUUAGACAGCACCAGACCACCAAGCGUGACGAAAGGAAGCAUUGUGACUCCAGCCAGAGAACCUCCUGAGCUACCCCAGAAAAAUGCAACAUUGAAAAGUGACAAAGGAACGCUGACUAGCGAAGAGCCAAAGGUGGAGAACAUCCCCAAAAGGAAGCUGUCAUCUAUAGGAAUACAAGUUGACUGCCUUCAGCCAGUGGCAAAAGAGGAGCCCCCUCCAUCAGCCACCAAAUUCCAGUCCAUCGGGGUACAGGUAGAGGACGAGUGGCGCAACAGCCAUUCUCGCAGCAUGUCCACCAAGCAGGAUACAGAUUCUGACUCACAAGAACCGAAUCACUCUACCUGUAAAUCAUCUGAGAGAAGCCUCGUGGAUUGUCCCCCAUGCAACAACUCCAACAACCUUGACACCAGUACGAGGCAAACAGCCAUACCCUCCCAGAUCAAGAGAAACCUCUCCUAUGGAGAUAGCAAUGACCCAGCUUUAGAGCCUUCCUCUCUCCCUCCUCCUGACCCUUGGCUUGAAACAUCCACCAACACUCCAUCAGAACCAACGCAACCAGGAGCUUGCCGAAGGGACGGAUACUGGUUUCAGAAGCUGCUGCAGGCUGAGACUGAACGGUUAGAAGGCUGGUGUCGUCAGAUGGACCAAGAGACCAAAGAGAACGAUCUCUCGGAAGAAGUCUUAGGCAAAGUCCUCAGUGCAGUGGGCAGUGCACAAUUACUAAUGUCACAGAAGUUCCAGCAAUUCCGUGGCCUCUGUGAUCAAAACUUGAAUCCCAAUUCUAAUCCUAGGCCCACAGCGCAGGACCUCGCAGGUUUCUGGGAUCUCUUACAAUUGUCCAUCGAAGACAUCAGCAUGAAAUUUGAUGAGUUGUACCACCUAAAGGCUAAUGGCUGGCAAUUGACAGAGACACCAGAGAAGAAGGAAGAGAAGAAAGCACCCCCUCCUGUGCCAAAGAAGCCAGCCAAACCGAAAUCCCAGCUAAACCGGGACAAGGCCUCUGACUCGGUGGAUAAACAGCGCCAGGAAGCCCGCAAGCGCCUCAUGGCAGCUAAGCGUGCUGCCUCAGUCCGACAGAACUCGGCCACCGAGAGUGCGGACAGCAUUGAAAUCUACGUUCCUGAGGCGCAGACCCGCCUUUGAGCAAGGGGAAGAGGAAGAAAACACUCUUUUUCAUGUCAUUAAAAGGAGGGGGGGAAAAGUUAACUAAAAUUAGUGUGAUUUAUUUGGUUUAGAGACACAGAGCCAACAUUACAAAGGGCGCCCCGUUUGGCUUUCUCUCCACCUUUUUUUUCUUCCCCUUCUCUCCAGCUUUAAGUAAUGAAGAUUUUGAACGAAAACACCCUUCCUGGUUCCAUGGUUUGGUUUUUCUCCCACGCAUCCUUCUCACACUGGCUGUGGUGUGGCAGAACAGACUCUUGGAAACACAGUCCUUUAGACUUGGAACUGCAACCUUUUUACUUGUUCUAUCUAAGGAGAAUUAUUAGCUUGUUUACAUGAAAUGGACAAAAACUGAAAAAGAAAAAAAAGCCUUGGGCACUUGCCAUGCUGCGCUUUUUUUCUCCUCCCUGUAUUCUUUUCUGUCCUCCCCUUCACACACUGUCUCUCUCUUUCUCUUUCUGUCCUUGUUGCAUACCUGCUUCUUGUUUUCUCCCAGUCUCUGAUCCUUCUUUGUCAUCCUUUCUCUGCAUGGCAUUGUUUACUGUGUUAGAAGUAAACUCUUCUGCAGAGCUCCAGAAGAAAACACCUGUUCAGUGUGUACUGUCGUUGCACUCUGCUAGUGAGCAGCCUUUUGUUUUAUUGUGUAUUAUUUUUCCUUUCUAGGUGGGUUGGGAGUGGGAGGCCAGGGGUGGGAUGGGAGAGGCUGCAGGGCUUUGGGGGUUCAUAUAUCUCAUAGUUUAAUGAUGUAAAAAGAGGGCAAGAUCUGCAGGAUGUAACAGAAUGUUAAGUUAGCACAGCCUGAAAGCAAAGAUGUGCAAUAAGAGAAGUGUGGUCACUUGCAUGUACUACAACGGAUGGGGCUGCAGAAGGAGGAUUUCCCAUACAGAACGCCCAGUCGGAAGAAGAGCAGGGUGGACUCGUAUGUAGCCCCACAAACGUUUCUGUUCUUUUUCUUGCAGUUUCCCUGUUGCAAUAGUUUGUGUGUGGUCUAUGUGUGCAAGGCUGAGCAUAUAAGAAAGCAGCUGCUACGCAAGGGUCAGGGGAAUCUGCAUCACAGUGGUGUGUCUUAUGAGUCCGUUCUACCAUGGAAGGCAAUGGCUUUUAUACUGAAGGAGAGAGGAGCAAGCUGAUGGAAGGUUGGCAGGAUGCCUCCCUGCCUGUAUGUAUGUGUACAUAUGCACAUAUACACUUAGUAGGAUCUGUAUAUUUAACACAAACACACACACAUACCCAUUCACACAUGCACACAUUCAAAUGGUGUCUUGACGAAGCACCUCAAGUGAGGGUGGGUGUAUGUAUAGCAUAUAUUUUUACAUGUACUAUAGCUCAAUGUGUGUAAAAGUGUGUGCAAAACUAUAUACCCUGCAUAUUAUUGGAUUCCAUUUUCCCUCCUUACCCCUUUGUCUCCCAUGUUCUUUGAGGGAACAGUCAUUAAAUUCCACUUUGACCCUCCUCUUUCUCCUCCUCUCCCCCUCCCUCCCCACCCUGCUUCCCCAUUUUGGCCUAAUUCUGUGGAGCAACGGAGUCACAGAAUCAAUUUCUCUUCUAUCCACCACAGAGCACCCACCUCCCAGCCCCCCGGCGUGCAUUCCUUUUGAAGCUGUGCUGUUGCUCACCAGUGCGGAGGGUGAUAGAAGCUGUUCUGUGGACAGCUUCAGGUGGCCAAAAUCCCAAAGGAAUUUUAUACUGAUGUGUUAGUAAUUUAAGGAGAUGAUAGCAAAUGUUGCCACUUAAUCAUGUCAAUGAAUGCUGUUUAUAAUGUCUAUGCAUAGAGAGUGUUAGUCUCCAGCGGCCCGUCUAAUGGGCAACUUUGUAACCUGUAAAAGGUUGACCGUAUGGAAUAAGGCUUCAAAUCAAGCUCGAUUUAUUCCCCUCUUUCCUCUACUGUUCCCCUUCCUCAAAUGUCUUCACAACCAUGCUAGAGGGCAUUGACUGACGUUUGAACCAAAUGGCUGACUUUCACAGUUCUUCAUAUUAAAAUUUGGAACACUUGGAAUGUGACUUGUUUUACUCACGUUUCCAAAGGCAGCAAUCCCAGCAAUUAGGUAGUUUCUCGAUAGACCCAGUUGCUGCUGAGUGUCUGUUAGCUUCCAUAUUUUCCCUUGGUCAGUAUGAUUAAAUCUAUGUAAAUCCAGUUAAAUUGGUUCAUGGAGUGCAGCCUAUCCCUUCCCUGCCUCAGUGCAGCAUCACACAUCACAUAGUGACAAAAUAAGUGUUUGCCUUCAUGCACAUACGCAGAGGCGAACACAACCAAUACUUGCUCUCUGGCAUGGAUACCUACAUGGCACGUGUGUACCGCAGUUACCUAUUUGCAUCUUAGUUGUAUUUACAAAAUGUUCUAUGUGCACACCUAAGAGGUGUGUGAAGUGGCUUCAGUAAGUCUGUUGCAAUAACGACAGUAAUGGUACCAGGUUGUAAAAGGACACUGUGAAGGAAGUUGGGUCCUGAGUAUGAAGAGCUCUCCCUGCAGAGUCUUGAGCCAUGCUAACAAUAGCUAGAAAAUAAGUGUGGUUGUCAUCUCUGAACAGAGGGGUGAGAGCAAAGCAAAUGCAGCCGCUACUUUUGAAUGCAACUGGACACCACUUGGGAGGAAUUGCUUCCUGAUUGGUAAGACAGCACUACGGCUGCUUACCUGGAUGGCCCUGACAUGCAAUGGCAUAGUAGCCUCAAGAUGGCGUCCACAUUCCAGUGGCUGGCAUUCAGUUGGAUUAGUACUACUGUUAAUUGCGGUUUGCUUUGGUAUACCUCCCAGCUCUACAGGAGGCUUCUUCACAGGGUCCAAGAAAUGACUUCUGUGUAGAAAUUAAGUUUUACUUCAUAGGGUAACAAGGUAGCAAAUGACCUACCUCUACUUGUAGAGUCAACAGUUCGCCUUCAUUUCUGUGCCCUCCAUAAUACAAACCUUGUAUCCAGGGAUGAAACUACUGCAUUCCAGACAUCCAGAUCUCUACAGUCUCUGUAAAGAGCACAAACAAGGGUGGCCCAGCAGGCACAAAAAAGUCUUUGUUUAAAAAAAUCUCCAAAGGGCUGUGAACCUACUAAAUUUCUUUUGUGCCUCUGGCUCUUGAAUGUUAUGGGAUGGAUUCCAUAGAGUUCAAAAAUUUCUGUGUGUGUAUCAGAGAUAACCGCUAACUUCUGCCCUCAACUUGAAUUAGUUGGGGGUUGUUCUGAUCAGGGUUUUUAUUUUUUACUCAUUCUCAGAUAUCUUUAAAACUGGUUGAGUCUAAUUUUCCCCAUGCAGUCCCAAGGCAAAAACGGAAUAGUGACAAGGCUAAGAAUUAGUGUGUCUCAGGUGCACUCCUUUGCAAGUUAGACAGGACUUCUUCUUCUGUCUAAACAUGCAUAGGACUGUGCCAUAAACAAUUCAUUCCUUAAUAGUAAUCCAUAUUGGGGAAAGACUAUGGGGUUUGUCUGCUUCUCUCCCUAUUCUCUUCAGUUGCAAUUAUCCUGGUUUCAGUGCUUUUCAAGUGACAAUCUAAAAAGAACCCUCACUGAGGGGGCUCUGAAAGGCCUCUGUUUGGUGAAACUGUGUUCCAUGGAUGCUUCUGUAGUUCUGUUUAUCUAAUAGUUAUGUGGAUUUAAAACAAAUGUACAUAGUGCUUUUAAAAUCUGAUUUUUCCCCAACCAUGAAGAAGAAAAGAUAUCUUCCCCACAGUGAUUUAGCCUAUUUCUCAUAGUAUUAUGGAAGAAAAAAGAAACAACCAUUUUAGGCCCAUUAAUGUUAACUUUGUGACCAUAUUUCAAGAUAAUGAAAGCCUUGUUCCUAGACCCACGGCCCAACAUUUUGUAAUGUGAACCUUGCUGCCAUUGUAAACUACAGUAAAACAAAUGUGGUGCCUUUUGGGUGCCCGUCUGCCUCUGUCUCUUGCAGUUUGUGUUCUUUACUCUAUGAACUCCAGUUUCUAGAACAGGCAAUGAGAUAUAAAUGUUAAGUGGGUGGGAUGGGGAAAUCACGUUUCUAAAACAACCAAGAGUUUUAGUUAGAUUAGGAAAUGGAUUUUUUGUCACCCAUGAGGGUAUGACCAAAUCGGUCAUUAAUAAAAUAAACUAAAAAACAAA